AGCUGAAGAAUGGCAUCCAGGUUUUUAUGGAGUCUGGAGCAGGUGGAGUCAUUCUUCAAGGUCCUCCUCCAAUCCUACCAAGACUAUCUGAUCGCCAAGGAACUCCGACGAAUGGACGAGUUCUACGACAUGAUCGGCAGCUGCAUCGGAGCAAGUGGACUGAUCGUUCAGAACUUCCUAAAGAAGACCGGGCGAUCGUACAGAGAUAUCAUCUUACAAGCAGAGCUCUGUGUGGAUGGGGAGGACGUACCUGAACGUAAACUCAGAGGAUCGGAGAGAGUCUACUCACUGUAUGAACAGUAUCAUCAAAUGUAUUCACUGGGCUCUAAAGAGUCUAUGUCAUUGUCUGCAUCUUUGAAGAUUGCUAAUAUCAAGGAAGAAGAACAAGCAUCGACAAGUUCCUCCAAGACACCAUCCACUAAAAGUACCGUUAGGAAACGUAAACUAGUGGACAACUCGGAUAGAUCUGAUGCUGAAUGUCCACCAAAGAAAAGUCCACCUAAACCUGAGAUGGUUCAAAACAUUGUGGAGCAGGCCGCGAUACAAGACAAUAGUUUUCAAAAUAAUGACGAUGUGCAGACUACAUGUAUGGGUAGCAGAGAACACACUCCGUACAGAGUGAGGCAUACAGUACCAACAGGGGUUUCUCAUCAAACAGAAAAGAAUGCAAGAAACAACUCCAAACAGCACACACAGAAAGCAACCACCGCAGGUGAUGAAGGGGUCUUUGGGAAGUCUCCAGACUUUAACCAACAAUUCCUGAAACUCAUGGAGAAUCAAAAUGAAAUCUUGGCCAAUAUUGCGGAUGAGUUGAACUUGAUAAGACAUGCUGUUCUUGAUGUUAAUGGUCUGACUGCAAUUACUUAUGUUAAGUAGUAUGGAUUCGAAUGUCAACUAUUGAGUGUAUAAACCAGUGUAAACACUACAUACGAUGUACAAGUACCAGGUCUCAAUUUCAUAGCGCUGCUUAACGAUAAGCAAAUUUUCAUGCUUACUGUCGCAGAAAAACUUGCGAAGGUGCAGGCGUAUUUCACAGGUUAGCAGAAAAAUUGGGUGGCCAUAUUGCGCGAUUACUAUGGAUUUGCAUUGGGACCUCAUUUAUUUUUGUGCGGUAAGCACCGUAAGGUUAGCAUGCUUUUUCAUGUGCUUACGGUUAGCAGCGCCAUGAAAUGGAAAUCGCACAGUAAGCACAAAAUCGGCCGCUAAGCAGCGCUAUUAAAUUGGGCCCUGAACAUGCCAGUAAAUUGCUGAUUUGGAAUGCACUGGACACUUUGUCAAUGUUUGUGCAAGUACAUGUAUAACAAACCUACACUGCAACUUGUUUUGACUUAAGUCCCUGCUUUGGGCAGCAAUUUGCCAACAACUAAUUGCUGGACAAUGAAGUUCCCCCAUAAACAAUUAGACACUACAUAAUAAUAACAAUAAUAAUAACAAAUUCUUAUAGCACAUUUCACAAUAACCGUAUCAAUGCGC